UACGUUUGUUUUGUCACGUUUGUUUUGUGAUCACAUACCGUAAUCUCGCGAGAGCUGGACACGAAAUACUAUUUCCGGCUGUGCAGUGAGAAACAGUUUCAAAAGUGCGUCUUGAGGAUGAGGAACCGAACCAGCCGCCAUGGGACGCGGAUGAUGUGAUAAACAUCAUCUAUCCCUAGCUGUCAGCGCUGGUCUACCCGGAGAAACCUCUGUUCCUGAAACUACAAACACUGCGUCAAUGAGUCAGUGCUAGCCGGUGCAGGUGCCUGGUCGUGUGUUGCUGGUCUGUACCUUUGGCUCACCGACCCCCCCCAGGACCAUGGAGAAGAUGUCCCGGGUCUCCACGGCUCUGGGCGGAGGCGGCGGCGCCGUCAGCGGGCGCACCAUGUUCUGCCACCUGGACGCGCCCGCCAACGCCAUCAGCGUGUGCCGCGACGCCUCGCAGGUGGUGGUGGCCGGCCGCAACAUCUUCAAGAUCUACGCGCUGGAGGACGAGCAGUUCGUGGAGAAGCUGAACCUGCGCGUGGGCCGCAAGCCCUCGCUCAACUUCAGCUGCGCCGACGUGAUGUGGCACCAGAUGGAGGAGAACCUGCUGGCCACCGCCGCCACCAACGGCGCCGUGGUCACCUGGAACCUGGGCAAGCCGUCGCGCAACAAGCAGGACCAGCUGUUCACGGAGCACAAGCGCACCGUCAACAAGGUGUGCUUCCACCCCAGCGAGGUGUACAUGCUGCUCAGCGGCUCGCAGGACGGCUUCAUGAAGUGCUUCGACCUGCGCAAGAAGGAGUCCGUCAGCACCUUCUCAGGUCAGUCUGAGAGCGUGAGGGACGUCCAGUUCAGUAUGAAGGAGUACUUCACCUUCGCCGCCUCCUUUGAGAACGGGAACGUGCAGCUGUGGGACAUCCGGCGACCGGACCGCUACGAGAGGAUGUUCACCGCCCACAACGGGCCCGUGUUCUGCUGCGACUGGCACCCCGACGACCGGGGAUGGCUGGCCACUGGCGGCCGGGACAAGAUGGUGAAGGUGUGGGACAUGAGCACCACGCGGGCCAAGGAGAUCCACUGCGUGCAGACCAUCGCCUCCGUGGCGCGCGUCAAGUGGCGCCCGGAAAGGAAGUGGCACCUGGCCACCUGCUCCAUGAUGGUGGACCACAACAUCUACGUGUGGGACGUCCGCCGGCCCUUCAUCCCCUUCGCCACCUUCGAGGAGCACAAGGACGUGACCACGGGCAUCGCCUGGCGCCACCAGCACGACCCCUACUUCCUGCUGUCGGGCUCCAAGGACAGCACGCUGUACCAGCACAUGUUCAAGGACGCCAGCCGGCCCGUGGACAAGGCCAACCCCGAGGGACUCUGCUUCGGCCUGUUUGGAGACCUGGCCUUCGCCGCCAAGGAGAGCCUGAUCAGCAGCGACGCCAACAGGAAGCCCUACCCCGGCGGGGACCGCCGCUACCCCAUCUUCUUCUUCAAGAAGCCGGACCUCACGGAGCAGUUCGCCCACGUGUCCAGCGCCCUCAGCGUCUUCGAGACCGGCCUGGAGAGCGGCCGCAUGGACUGGUUCUCCCAGACGGCGCGCCUUUACCUGCUCAGCGGGAAGCCCUUCGCCGAGCUGUGCGACCACAACGCCAAGGUGGCCAAGGAGCUGAACCGGCCUCAGGUCUCCACCACGUGGACCAUGGUCCGCAUCAUGUUCUCCGACCCGGCCAACCCCAACCUCAGCGCCAAGCUGGGCACGCUGCCUCUGAUGAACAGCUUCAGCAUGAAGGACAUGGGGGCGUGUCCGGACAUGGGGGCGUGUCCGGACAUGGGGGCGUGUCCGGCAGACCGGGGGAAGGAGGGGCGGUCGGACACCGCCCACCUGGAGCCAGGGACCUCCCACAUCAGCAACAACGACGACAACGAGGAGACGGAGGGCAGCGACGGCCAGGCCGAGUACAUGUUCGGAGACGCAGAGCUCGACGACGACGACCUGUACUCCGUGGAGCACGAUAACCCAGCAGAGGACCAGGAGUACACGCUGCCCCAGGAGGCCUUCCCCCUGCGCCACGAGAUCCUGGACAACCCGUCGGCCCCGGAGCCCCUGCAGCAGGACAAGGCCGAGUCUCCCCACGUGAGCGGGGGCGAGGCGGAGGCCACCUGCCUCACGCCCAUCGAGUCCUGCUCGCUCAUCUCGGCCUCGCAGCCGCUGUACACGGCCCACCUGCCGGCCGGCUUCUUCUGCCCCGUGGUGCGCGACAUGCUGCGCUACUACGCCGAGCAGGGCGACGUGCAGAUGGCCGUGUCGGUGCUCAUCGUGCUGGGAGAGCGCAUCCGCAAGGAGAUCGACGACCUGACGCAGGAGCACUGGUACACAUCGUACAUUGACCUGCUGCAGCGGUUUGAGCUGUGGAACGUGUCCAACGAGGUGAUCAAGCUCAGCACCUGCGGCGCCAUCAGCUGCCUGAACCAGACCUCCACCACGCUGCACGUCAACUGCAGCAACUGCAAGCGGCCAAUGAGCAACCGGGGCUGGGUGUGCGACCGGUGCCACCAGUGUGCCAGCGUGUGUGCCGUGUGCCACCAUGUGGUGAAGGGCCUCUUCGUCUGGUGCCAGGGCUGCAGCCACGGCGGCCACCUGGAGCACAUGAUGCACUGGCUGAAGAGCAGCCCGCACUGCCCCGCCGGCUGCGGACACCUCUGUGAGUACACCUGACCCCGUCAGGUGACCCCCCGUCAGGUGGCCCCCGUCAGGUGACCCUCCGUCAGCGGCCCCGUGGGGGAGCAACGAUGGAGGGGGUGAGACGUGCGUCCUGCUGGGGGAGGGAGGGGGGGUCAGGGGGUAACCCCGCCCCUAACCCCCCCCUGGCAUCAAGCCUUCCCUAAACUCUGUUGUCCAGUGGCCCGACCCACCGGGCUGAAGGCCAGUCCCUGAUGGACGCCGUCGCGGUGGACCUGCGCUCCUGUCGGCGUUGGAUUUGAAGGACAGGAGAUGUGAUGGGUGUUCAUGUUUUACCUCUUUUAACCUCACCAGCACCGUCUCUGAGCAAGCGCUAAGUGCAUGCUAAUGUUUUCACAUGUAAAUAGUGUUUCAUCUCCUCUGAACUGUAGAUACCGACUAAUGAUUUAUAUGACAUUAAUUACAUUCAUUCAGCGCUUUGAAUGGUAAGGCUGCUAAUAAAGCGAUACAAGUUUA